CAGGCGCCGAAAAAUAGCAAAAUCUGCUGAAUCUUUGGUUUUUGUGUUGGCUUCCUCUUCUGGCCGCUGCUUCACUUCACUUUGCUUUGAAUUCCCCUCGGUGGAUUUCAUUCCUGUGUCUGUUCUCGCAGGUUCUCCAUCAUGCUCCAUCGUUGUUUUAUUGUGAUCGGAGCCCUGCUCUCAUUAGCAGUAUCCCCGCUAGUUGCUUUGGAGUCCUGCCAAGCGACAGGGUAUCCCGGGAUCCCAGGUAUUCCUGGGCUGCCCGGCAGAGACGGUCGUGAUGGUGAGAGAGGACAAAAAGGAGAUCCAGGACAAUUGUUGCAUGGCACCGCCGGCCCUAAGAAGGGAGCAAAGGGGGAGCCGGGGCCGUUGGGAUAUCCUGGUAAACGGGGUCAAAGUGGGGAACCAGGGGAAGCAGGGGUCCCAGGAACUCAAGGAGGACCAGGAGAACCAGGAGAAGAUGGAAAGACCGCAGGAGUCCAGCAGCAGGCGGCCUUCAGUGUGGCAAGAGGAACCAGCGAAUUUCCGGACAGGACCAGUUUCAUAAGAUUCACCAAAAUCAUCACCAACAUCAAUGAUGACUACAACUCAGUGACAGGACGCUUCAAGUGUCGGGUCCCAGGAACGUACUACUUUGUGUACCACGCCUCUAUAGAAGACCGCUUCUGUGUGCUGUUGAAGCGGGACAACACUCCGCUGGCACCGUUCUGCGAUCAUCGCCGCGGCAAACGACAGGUGACUUCAGGCGGUCUGGCGGUCUACCUGUCGAAGGAUCAGGAGGUUUGGAUGGAGACUCAAACCUACAGAGGGAUGACAGGGAAAACGACCGGUUACAGCAUCUUCUCCGGCUUCCUGCUGCAUGCUCACUGACCAACAGGACGAGAAACAUAAAACAGCCUUUUCCUCACUUGUAUUUAACAGUCUUAUAGCAAUAAUUUGAGUGCAAUGAGUGAAACUACAGACAAAACAAUAGCUCUCCUUCCUUCACAUAGACCCUUCCACCCUUUCACCUUGUUAAAAAGCAUGUUUGUUACUUUACAUUUAAACAUUUAAUUAACACAACACUGUCACAUGCUACCAAUCAAAUACAUGCAUGCAAUUUCCUUUUAGAAUACAUAGACAGAUUUUCUUAAAAUGAUCUAAAAAUAAAUAAAUAUAAAAGCAAAUCUGUUGACCAAGAAUAUGAUUUUCCAGAUGCAUUUAUGUCCUUCUGUAUAUUGUUUCAAGUGCAUUAAGUGCUUUUAACCUAAAUGUCUGAACUCUGAACAACUAGAUUUUUACACAUAUAUAUGCACCAAGAAUGAAGAACCAGCCACCAGAAAGAUUUAUAGAUAAAAGCAAACAAAGUGCAGUGAUAAUUAAGUAAUUAAACAUAAUGCAAGAUUUUAAAUUGUAUCUUAAGAAACUGGCCAAGUGCAUUUAUAAAGAGCAAAUCAAUGUAAUCCAAUAAAGGUAAAUACGUUUCAUGUUAUGUUGUCAGUUGAGCUCUGUGGAGUUCAUUUCUGUUUCAUAUCCAAAAGAAACUCUUACUGUAUGAGAAGCUUAAACAGAUCAGAGGCCAAAAUAACACCUUAAUUAUUAGAUUUUUAGGUUUAUAGGUUUAGCUUAUUUGACAACACUUAUAUAAUUUAAAAAUACAAUAUAUCAGACUUAUUUCCAUCGUUAUGUCCAAGUUGUUUUUGCAGAAUAUUAAUCAUUUAACAAGACGGGGACAAAAGUUUAUUUUCUGACUUGAAGAAAUAUUCCAACAAAACUGAAUGAUUAAGUCACUAAAAAAUUUUUUUAAGAUAUCUGUGUGCACUGUUGUUAGCUUUGGUGUUUGCUGAUCACUAAUACACAGAAUUAUCUUUUUCAAGCUUAUUUUCACUGAGGCUCUGUAAUUUACGUUGGAAUAUAUAAAUUACUCUGUUGACGUUACCUUCUCUGUCUGUCAGUAACAGAUCAUAUUGUAUGAACUGGAAACCCAAUAAAACAGCUUAAGAACAA